UUUGACGUCAGCUCAUCAGUAAACCGCGACUCGUGUCUGCGUUACAAGGGGGUUGCAAAUCGUGUAGGUACGUGAAUGGUAAAAUGCCCUCCGUAAACAAACGCGAAUUCCGUCCGCUACAAUGACUUUUGCGUGAAGGUGGUGCGUGUGUCGGUUUCGCUAACGAAGAUGAGCGGAAUGAGAAACUUUGUCUACUUCUUGAGCGUUUGUGUUUCCGCAUCCCUCGGACAGGAAGAGCUUUACUUCUCGCACACCCCCAAAGACGUCGACGUCACCGAGGGCAAAUCCGCGAGUCUACCGUGCGAGGUAACUCCAAACAACGGCAUCAGCUACUACUGGGAAUUAAACGGUUCGAAAAUUGACAACACGACGCGACGCCACCAGCAAGGCUCCAAUUUGCAUUUCACGAGAGUCGACAAAGAAAAGGAUGCGGGAGAAUUCACUUGCGUCGCUCAGGAUUUAAAAGGAUUCUCCAUUACGAGCUCCUCCGCCUCUUUAAAUAUACAAUGGAUUGGCGAAGCGUCCGUGCAACUUCAUUCUCCCGAAUCGGCAUCGUACAUCACGUCCGGAACAGAGGUCAUCCUCCGAUGUCAUCUGGACGCAACUGGGGAUAUACACGUUGAAUGGUUUCGCAAUGCAGAUCGAUUAACGAAGUCGCAACGGCUCGAAAUAAAAAAGAGGAAGCUUCAUAUAAAAUCCGCAAAUCCCUCUGAUAACGGAAUCUACCGAUGCAUCGCACGUAAUGAGGCCGGAAUCCAACACAGCGUUAAGAAUUUUGCUUUAUCCGUCGCAGGGGAUCAAACCGCGUUAAUUAAAACGGUUCCGAGCAAUCAAUUGGCGACGAAGGGAGGCGCCGUCAUGUUCGACUGCUCGUACGACAACGCCGAUGGCCUGGAGUGGUACUUUAAGGACGUCGGUCCUCUGGAGAGUAACACUAGAGUGACGCUGCACACGAACGGAUCGCUUGAGAUAAAUCACGUGCAGGAGUCGGAUCAGGGGAUGUACAACUGUGUCGGAAUCAAGGGCGACUCCACGGAGGUUCCGCAAAGCUACACCGCCGAAUUAAAGCUGGCCUUUAUCGAUCCGUUCACCGACAGAAGUUUCGAGCCGUCGGGUUUCGAGGACGGAAAAGUGGUCCUUCCCGAGGCGGGCGUCUUUCAGCUCACCUGUCUGGAACCGAAAAGUCAGCCGCGCGCCAAGAAGUACUGGCUUAAUCCGGCGGGACACACUGUUUCUGACACGGGUAGCGUAAGGGUCGACGAUGAUGGUCGCCUCAUUAUACAAAAGCUCGAAACUGGCCACGCUGGGGAGUACAAGUGCGUUGCGGAGAACAUCGCGGGAAAGACCGAGAAGUCCGUCGUUCUCGUCGUUACGAGAAAACCAUCCAUCAUAGAGGGCCCUAACAGUAUGGCGGUUGAAGAAAAUAAGAAAUCGGUGUUGACCUGCCUCCACGAUGUCGACAAUGCAUCCGAACAAUACACCGUGGUCAAAUGGAAGAAAGACGGGAAAGUUCUUAAGCACGACUACGACGAGGAGACCACCUCGCACCAACGGAUACGAGCGUUCAAGCAAAACGGCACCCUUGUCAUUUAUUCCACGAAACCGUCCGAUCGUGGCGACUACGUUUGCGAGAUUACGACGGCGGGAUUCGAGCCGCUCGUGUCGAAAUCCGCGACAAUUUCAGUGAUCGAGAUACUGAAGUUUUCGCCUCCUCCCGUAAAUAAAAAGUUGGAGUUGGGGAGCACGGCGAAAAUUCACUGCAAGGCCCAGGGAACGCCGCCGCCGACGAUACGCUGGGAGAAGGACGGGAAGGGGGACGGUUUCGACGCGCACAUCGCCGACACGAACGGAACUCUCCACUUUAAUGGGGUCCUAAGCGAAGAUAAAGGCAGAUACACGUGCUUCGCGAGUAACACCCAGGGCACUAUUAACGUUACGUUAACGAUUGAUGUUGUCGUGGCGCCGAAGUUCACGCUACUCUCCCACAAUCCGACGGAGGCGAUCGAGGGCUUCUCGGUAAUGUUGGACUGCGUGGCCGACGGGGAUCCGAAACCGACGAUCCACUGGGACAAGAACUUGCAGAUGAACGACUUCAAUCGUUCUCGCUUUCAAGUUUUGGAUAACGGCACACUGUACAUUAAAGAGGUGCACAGGGAGGACGAAAAUAACUACGGGUGCACGGCUGGAAGCAGUGCCGGUCUGAAUCGGAAAGAAAUCCGUCUUAUUGUCCACACACGCGAGGGUUACCACCCGGAAGGAAACGAGGCGGAAGAUUCAACUGUAACAAAGGCGGUGCUCAUAACAAUGUCGGUGGCGACUGCGUACAUAAUCCUAGUCAUUGGCCUCAUGAUAUGGUGCCGCUACCGGCGCAGGUCCCGCAAGCUGCCCAUAGCGGACGGUGCCAAAAUCGAAAACGGCGACGUCGACCACACCGAACUGAAAGAGGCGCCGAACGGGGUCGCGCCCGGAUCGUCGCAGCCCGACAAGGACGGCCUGAAAAACGCGCACAAGGAGGGCCAGAAGAGCGACGGCACGGAGACGGCGCACUCGCAGAGCUCCGCCCAGUCGAAAAAAUCGAAAUCGAGCUACGACAAGAUCCUGCUCUCUCGAUCGCACCUGAAAGACCUGAAGCUGAUCGGGCGCGGCGAGUUUGGUGACAUACUGAUCGCCUUCUUGCCGAAGAGCGCAGUGCCAGUGAGCGACAAACGCGGCUCGAACGCAAGUUUGUCGGGCGAGGACAAGGAUCUGACGGUGAUGGUGAAGUCGCUCACGCACACCAAAGACGAGGCGGCCCUGACCGAAUUUAAAAGGGAAAUCGAUCUCCUCUCCAAGGUGUCGCACGAGAACGUUGCGAAGUUGUGGGGGUUGUGUCGAGAGGUGGAGCCACAUUACAUGAUCCUCGAGUAUACAGAUUGGGGCGACCUGAAACAAUUUCUGACAGCAACCCGAAAGGGUACAUCUCAGAGCCUAACACCGGUACAAUCCGUCGCCGUAAUUCACCAUCUGGCGAGAGGCAUGGAGCACCUGUCGGCGGCACGAUUCGUCCAUCGAGAUCUGGCCGCGCGAAAUUGCCUAAUCACGUCAACGCUGACCGCCAAAGUCGCCCUACCGCGGCUCACCAAGGAACCUUAUAGCCAAGAAUAUUGCAAGCAUAUCAAUAACAUCAUACCGCUGCGGUGGUUGCCCUACGAGGCGGUUUACGAGGACGAAUACUCGACGAAGAGUGACGUUUACGCUUUCGCGGUUGUCAUUUUGGAGGUGUUCAGUCAGGGCGAACUUCCCUUUCCGAAAAUUAACGAUACCACGUUCCUGGCAAAGCUCAAGGAGAAGGCGCUCGAUUGGAAAUCGCACAAGAAUACACCUGAUGAUCUUCAAAAACUACAAGAAACGUGUUGGAAUAUAAACCCGCAGGAGAGGCCGUCGUUUGAAGAUCUGGUAAAAGAAACUGAAAAAAUUCUAAAGUCAAUGUAAAUAGUUUUAUGUAUAGCUCAGGCGUAAACCAAAUUUUAACUAUUAGAUUAUAGAGACACUUUAGAGCAAUAUGUUAAAAUGAUGAGAGAGAGAGAGAAGAAAACGCUUCCAUUAUAAAAAAAAUUGCCCGCCUUACUUGCAAAGAAUUUAUCGUGUGUUCGAGUCGAAUGUCUGUCCCUUUUCUACUCCCAAUGCUUGUACUUAUUUAUUUAUAGUUUUCUAAUAAAUGAGAGAGAUUAGCAUUAGUUGUACAUAUCUCUAGUUUUUAAUGUAAAAAAAAGAAGCAUAUCAAUUGCGACAAACCAUCUUCGUUAACGAAACCAAUUCUGUACAUUAAUUAUUUGAGCCACCACACACUGCCAAAUGAAAGAAGAUGAAUCGAUGUUUCAAAAUGGUGUCAUUUUGAGAUGUGUGUGAGAAAUCAAUGUAUGGAGAUCUCCAGAUAUAUUUAAGCUUUGCGUUGUAGCUUUAUACACGUACAAUUGUGCACUUAUGUGUAUAGUAUUAUUAAUUAUUAAUGAAAUUUAGGUAAGUAUAUAGAACGAAUGUAAUUCUGAUAAAGCUUCUAUGAGGAAUGUACGACAAAACCGUGAUGUAAUCUAUCCUUCAUAUUGUAACUAUUUAUUAUACAUCAUACUUAUAUAAUAGAGUUAAACUUAGUAUAAUAUUUAGGAGUUUUUAAUAAUGUUAGACAUUACUGACUGUUCAUACUAUGAAGAUGAGAUAAAAAUGUCUGUCCAUAUUAGGGAUGUAGCUUUUUAUAAUAAUUUUGUACUUUUUGUACUGUAUUGUCCACUUUUAUAUAAUUAUGCAUAAUCAUAACUUGUGAUACAUAUACUGAAUACAAAUAUAUGAAUG